GCUAACCCACCCUGAAGGUGCCUGCAGCCACGCCUCCCUCCUCCCUUCCUGCCCCUGGCCUCCGCCCCUUUGCUUACACCAUGCCGCCGCCUCCGCUCACUCGUCCUUGCUGCUGGGUUCCCUAGGUGGGGCUGUGCACAGGCACCUGCCCCCCUGCCAGCCGGCUGCUGGACUCUGCCCCUCUUCCUCCCCUCAGUCAGUACUGUGUCUCUCAGUUCUCCCUUAAAACAGAACAGCAUGUCUCUUUAAUCUGCUUUUAGCACCGUGGAGUUUGAGAACAUCCCUGUUACCAUGCUAUUGGUUUCAUGCCUCAUAGAGACAGAUGGAGGGAGAGUAGGAAGGGAAUUUUCUGCUAGACUGGAGAGUUUCCUCCCUUUAUCAAAAGGGGAAGAUGAUGGACAGUCCCUUGGCAGUCCAGUGGUUAGGAUUCAGUGCUUUCACUGCCGAGGGCCCAGGUUCAGUCCCUGGUCAGGGAACUAAGGUCCCUCAUGGGCAUGGCCAGAAGAAAAAAGGAGAAAGUGAUGUCCCCAUUAUUCUCAUCCCACGAUAAGGUUUGAAACUGCAGGUUCUUCUUGGGGACCGGGAGGUUGAGGAAAACCUUGGCCUGGCUGUGAGAAAUGGCCUGAGCAGAGGAGUGAAGCUAUGUCUGAAAGCUGGAGCCCAGAACCGGAUACCCAUCUGAGAUGUCGCUCCCGUUGGCGACCGUUGCUCUGGGAGGUGGAGUGGGAGGAGUCAGUCCCCCCACUGCCUUCCAUGUCUGGAGCUUCAGGUGGACUUUAACCGAAAAGAGCUGGGAAGGGCGUUUUAGCCAGAGGGGGCAGGACCUGGCUUUGGACUCCACAGUGGGCCUGAGAGAGGCAUUGGCCUCCGCUUGCCAUGGAGAAGCUCCCAAGCUCCCUCCUCCCUCCAGGCUUGGAAAGGAGAAGGGGGGUCCAGAGGUUGCAGGAAGGCUGACUACGCGGGGCUCCCUGGUGGUCUGCAGAGAGCAUGGCUGUCGUACAAACCCAGCCUGAGAUGAGGUAGCCCAUGUCCUGAGUCCUCUGCUUCCAGUUCCUUGAAGCUCAGUUUCAGGAGCUGUUGGCCAGAGGAAGUGGCCGGGCCGUGGGAUGCGGAGAGCCGCAGGCUGACUCCCGGACAGUGGAACAGAGAGUGCUGCCGACAGACGGACGGUAUGUUCAUGCAGGUUGAAGAGCUCUCGCCUGCCAGAAUGACCAGUGCGGCCCCUGCUAAGAAGCCCUACCGUAAGGCACCACCCGAGCAUCGUGAGCUGCGUCUGGAAAGUCCUGGCUCCCGGCUCGAGCAGGAGGAGCCGCUUACUGACGCGGAGAGGAUGAAGCUUUUGCAGCAGGAAAAUGAGGAGCUCCGACGGCGCCUGGCCUCGGCCACCAGGCGCACUGAGGCUCUGGAGCGCGAGCUGGAGAUCGGGCAGGACUGCCUGGAGCUGGAGUUGGGCCAGAGCCGGGAGGAGCUGGACAAGUUUAAGGACAAGUUCCGCAGGCUGCAGAACAGCUACACGGCUUCCCAGAGGACCAACCAGGAGCUGGAGGACAAGCUGCACACGCUGGCCUCUCUUAGCCACAGCUGGAUUUUUGCAAUUAAGAAGGCUGAGAUGGACAGGAAGACGCUGGACUGGGAGAUUGUGGAGCUGACCAACAAGCUGCUGGAUGCCAGGAACACCAUCAACAAGCUGGAGGAGCUCAAUGAGCGGUACCGGCUGGACUGCAACCUGGCCGUGCAGCUGCUCAAGUGCAACAAGUCCCACUUCCGUAACCACAAGUUUGCUGAUCUGCCCUGUGAGCUGCAGGACAUGGUUCGGAAACACCUGCACAGUGGUCAGGAGGCCGCCAGCCCGGGGCCUGCCCCCGGCUUGGCCCCUGGGGCUGUGGUGCCCACCUCGGUCAUUGCCCGUGUGCUGGAGAAGCCAGAGUCUCUCCUGCUCAAUUCGGCCCAGUCAGGCAGCACCGGGCACCCCUUGGCUGAGGAUGUCUUCGUGCAUGUGGAUAUGAGUGGGGGUGACCCGGGUGACUCAGCUAUCCCCCCAGCCCCAAGCAGCCCCAGCCCCCAACCCAAUGGGGAGUGCCACUCCCUGGGCACUGUGGGGGGCUCCCCGGAGGAGGAGCUGCCCCUGCCGGCUUUUGAGAAGCUGAGCCCCUACCCAGCCCCAUCUCCGCCACACCCACUGUAUCCUGGCCGCAGGGUGAUUGAGUUCUCUGAGGAUAAGGUGCGGAUCCCCCGCAACAGCCCCCUGCCCAACUGCACGUAUGCCACCCGCCAGGCCAUCUCCUUGAGCCUGGUGGAGGAGGGCAGUGAGAGGGCCCGCCCCAGCCCGGCGCCUAGCAGCCCUGCCUCGGCCCAGGUCUCUCCCCAGCACCAGCCCCACCCCGCCCCGCCGGCGCUCAGUGCCCCGGCCAGCUCUGCCAGCUCCGAGGAGGACCUGCUGGCCAGCUGGCAGCGGGCGUUUGUGGACCGCGCUCCGCCCCCGGCCGCUGUGGCCCAGCGCACAGCCUUCGGCCGGGAUGCACUCCCUGAGCUGCAGCGCCACUUCACCCUUGGGCCCGCUGGCGGCGACGAGGAGGUGCAGGCACCGUCGUCCCCACCUGGUGAAAGCGGGCUGCUGCUGCCGCUGGAAGCUGACCCUGGCUCUCCCAGGGAGGAGGACGAGGAAGAGCUGAAUCUGCCCAUCAGCCCGGAGGAGGAGCGCCAGAGCCUGCUGCCCAGUGAUGCUGGCACGGAGGAGGGGCCCGGCACGCCUCGCGCUGAGGGCAGGGUGUGGGCACUGCCCAGCUCCAGCCGCCCCCAGCGCAGCCCCAAGAGGAUGGGAGUGCACCACCUGCACCGCAAGGACAGCCUGACGCAGGCCCAGGAGCAGGGCACCGUGCUGCACUAGGGCCCGGCUCGCCUUCCUGCCGCUGCUGCACGGGGACUGCAGGGCGCUCCUGCACUUGCAGCUCAGGGUCUCCGCCCAGCCCAGGCCCUUGACCUCUGCUCCCUGCGCGAACAGGGUCAGGCCACACCAGGCCUUUCAGCUGCAUUGACUAACUGGUAUCAGCUGGCCUCGUGCCCUCCUGGAAUAUUUAUUCUCCAAUGGUAACGUGCAGCUGGGGCUCAUGACCUUUCUUCCAGUCAGCCCAAAUCGGUCUGUUCUGGGGAGCUGAGGCGUUUAUUACAUCAGUGUUUAUCCUCCUUCCUCCUUUCAUAGCCACCCAUUUUUUUUUUCCCCCAGAGUGUAGGGGGUCAUUGGGAUUAUUAACCUCUAAGUUCUAGUUUUUGACCAGCUUCCCUCUCCUUCAGUCCCCUGCACGAGCUGUUGCCUUCACAGGGUCUAGCACAGCAGGCCCUCGGGGUGCGGGAGAGGGCUGACUCAGGGCUCCUCAGCUGUUUCCUCCUCCUUCUGGGAGGGAGUAGAGGGUGGGAUCCAGGGGCCUUAAACUGGGCUCUAGGUGAAGCCUGGCCCCACUCCCAACCUUGGCUCUAGACUGUUACUCCCAGCACUGGGAAAUUUUCACAUCGGUAACUAUUUUAAAAUUAAAUAAAACUAUUUUACUGGAAUGGC